GAGGCGACUGGGGCGAAUGAGUAAUAUCCCACAAUUCUUUAGUGUUGCACAUGCUUGUAAGGAAACAAGAUGGCGCUCUUCUGUUCAAUCAGCAAUGAAGUCCCUGAGCACCCAUGUGUCUCACCUUCUUCAAACUGUGUGUUUGAGAGGAGGCUUAUUGAAAAGUAUAUUGCCGAAAAUGGAACUGACCCAAUAAGCGGUGAACAGCUUUCAGAGGAGCAGCUUAUUGACAUCAAAGUCAAUCCAUUGAUCAAACCCAGGCCACCAUCAGCAACAAGUAUUCCAGCUAUCCUGAAAGCACUACAGGAUGAGUGGGAUGCCUGCAUGUUGCACAGUUUUACAUUACGACAACAACUUCAGACUGCUCGCCAAGAGUUGUCUCAUGCUCUAUACCAGCAUGAUGCUGCUUGCCGCGUCAUCGCUCGAUUAACAAAGGAGGUGACUGCUGCUCGUGAAGCUUUGGCAACUCUCAAACCACAAGCUGGUAUGGCUGUGGUUGUUCCCUCUGCUGUUCCUGUGCAGAUGGAUGAAGCGAUGGAUGUGUCUGCCCAGCCUGGUGAAGAAGAAGGAAUGACGGAAGAAGUCCUGCAGAAAUUACAAGACAAGGCUACCCUCCUCACAGCUGAGCGUAAGAAGAGAGGCAAGAAGGUUCCAGAAUACUUGAGUACAGCAGAGGAGAUACAAUCUUACAAACCAAUUUCCUCACAUGCAGGCUUACACAGUGCAAGCAAUCCUGGAAUCUUAGCUCUCGAUUUAUUUGCUGCAGAUACAUCCAGAGUUAUCACAGGUGGCCUGGACAAAAAUGCAGUGGUGUUCUAUCGUGACUCAGAACAGGUCAUUGCCACUCUCAAAGGCCAUACAAAGAAGGUUACAAAUGUUGUGUAUCAUCCACAUGAGGAUCUUGGUUUCACUGGAUCAGCAGAUGCGACCAUCAGGGUGUGGUCCAUUCCACAGGCUUCUUGUUUACACACAGUUAAGGCUCAUGAUCAAGCUGUUACUGGGCUAAGUCUCCAUGCAACAGGUGACUACCUCCUUAGCUGCUCAACAGAUCAGUAUUGGGCUUUCUCUGAUCUUCAAACUGGCCGUGUUCUUACCAGGUGUUUAUCAGAUCCUAACAUCAAUCAAGGAUUGACAUGUGCUCAGUUUCAUCCUGACGGUCUUAUUUUUGGUACUGGAACCACCGAUAGUGUGAUAAAGAUCUGGGAUCUCAAGGAAGGUGCUAAUGUAGCUAAAUUUCCAGGACAUUCUGGUCCAAUUACUGAUAUUUCCUUCUCUGAAAAUGGUUACUAUCUAGCUACCUCUGCCGACGAUUCAGUUGUAAAACUGUGGGAUUUGCGCAAACUGAAAAACUUCAAAACCAUCACGCUUGAAGAUAGAUUUGAGGUUAAAACGCUCAGUUUUGAUCAGAGUGGUACAUAUUUAGCCGUGGGUGGUUCCGAAGUCCAGGUCUACCUCGUCAAACAAUGGGAGAUGAUAAAGUCAUUUGCAGAACACUCGGAUGUGACGACAGGAGUGAAAUUCGGCAAACACGCCUCAUUUAUCGCCUCUGUUGGUCUUGACCGUCAUCUCAAGUUCUACUCGCGCUAGAGCAAGGAAUAAGCUAACUUAGUCCCACGUUUACUGACAAUUACUUGUACUGCUUUUUUAUAUUUCUUGUACGUUGUACGUCAAGAUGGUAAAGUUUUGAGACUCUUUCUUAUUUUACGCCUUAUUUUUGAGGUAAUCUCUCUCAGUUAUUUAUGAUUUUUCUCUUUUUCGAGAAUCAAAGGGGGAUCUGGAAAUAACCAAGCCUGAGUGGCGUCUGUUUUUUGUUCACCAGAAUAUUCAGGUUACAUGCAAGUUGCUUGAAACGUGAGAGAUCCCAAUUAUAUUAGGACACCAACGACUAAGAACGUGGUGAAACAAUUGAAAGUGGAAGUUCAGCUCGUGCGUUUUGAAAACUUUGUGUAUUUUCAAUCUUGACUCAGUUACUGGCUCCCUGGGGUACUUUCUGUCCUCUGACGGGCCGUUGGGAUUACUUUGGUGUUUCUCUUACGACACAUUAUCGAAAUGCACUCUAAUGCUAGAAGAGGGAGCCAGUUUCUUAGGUUCAUCCUAUUGUUUCACUUAUAAAAAGAGAGAUUACAAGAGACUGUGGUAGCUUUAGUUUAGUUUAAAGGGAACAAGGACACAUAUUUGAAUUACAGUAAUCACCCACAAACAAGAAUCUUGGGGAUUAGGAACCUGCACUCUCUAAUUUAGCAUUUGGAAUAUGAGAACCUGUUUCGCUCGGAAAAGAGAAACAGAUUCUUAUAUUGAUGGAGUAACUUAAUUGUCGUGAUCGUACAAGUCUGCCUCUUUGAGAGAGCUGCCUACGUGUUUGCUUUUGUUUUUGUUUGUUUGGGUUUUCUUUUGGUGCUUCUUGUGAUUAUUUGACAGAGCCUGCAAACAUAAGUGGCGCACAUUGACCGCUUUUUUUUUCGGCCUUCGUCAUUUCUGUUUCAUAUUAACGCCAGGCGCGAACCUGCCCAUAGGCAUUACCUGUUAUCGUAGUGACAAUGUUGAAAUUGUAUGCGUGAAGUCCGUUAGUUUGAGUUUGCGAUGAUAAACUUUAGCAAAACUCCUUUGGUGUCUCGGGAAACUUUGAUUGAGUUUCCUUUAACUUUGUAUAAAGGUCAAACUUUUGUAAACUUUUAGCUAGUUUUAACAAUCAAUAAAAAAGCAAAAA